AUGUUGUCAGUCAGAACACUCAUGAUUAGUGGUCUUACUGCAUGUGGUCCUCCAGCAGGGAACGGGAAUGAUUACAUUGCACACCUCAGGGAUCAGUUACAAGGGAUGAAGGCGAAAACCAACUUGGAGAAUCUUUAUAUGAAAAGAAAUACUGAGCUGCAGAUUGCCCAGACCCAGAAGAAAUGUAACCGGGCAGAAGAACUCUUGCUGGAGGAGAUUGAGAAACUGAGGAUGAAAACUGAAGAGGAGAACCGGGUUCACACGGAGAUUGAAAUGUUCCUUAAAAAUCAGCAGCAGAAACUUGAGGAGAAGCUAGAGUUCUGGAUGGAGAAAUUUGAUAAAGACACAGAAGCAAAGCAGAAUGAGUUAAAUGCUCUCAAGGCCGCCAAGGCCAGUGACCUAGCACACCUUCAAGACCUGGCAAAGAUGAUCCAGGAAUAUGAACAGGUCAUUAUUGAGGACCGGAUAGAAAAGGAGAAGACCAGGAAGAAGUUGGAGCAGGAUGACCUCGAACUGAGGAGCAUUGUGAAGCUCCAGGCCUGGUGGCGAGGCACAGUGGUCCGGAAGGAAGUCGGAAAUUUCAAAAUGCCCAAGAAAGACAAAGAUGACAGCAAAGAUUCGAAAGGCAAGGAGAAGGAGAAGCGGAGAGGCAAGAAGUAA